AGAUGUGCUGUGGCCCGCCCUGGGGUUCUCUGAUCUGAGGGGAAACUGAGGCCAGAGAGAGAGCGCAAAGCCUGAUGGGGGGAUUUGAGGCACUCCGUGAGGUGGUGGCGGGGGCUUUGGCCCUGGUAGGGUGGGGUUCGCUUGGGGGAUCUGAAGCCCCUGGAGGAUCCGCCCGGCUCCACUCCACCCCGCCACCCCUGCCAUGAGUGGCUGAAAGUGUAGCCUGCCUCUUCAGCUGCCUUGGGGUGCUGUGGGAGGGGCCCAAGAGUCAUGUCGGACCUAUUACUCCUGGGCCUGAUCGGGGGCCUGACUCUGCUACUUCUGAUGACGCUGCUGGCCUUCGUCGGGUAUUCAGGGCUGCUGGCCGAGGUGUCCGUGAGUGCGGGCUCGCCCCCCAUCCGCAACAUCACCAUGGCCUACAAAUUCCACGUGGGACCCUAUAGUGACACAGGGCAGCUUUUCACCGAGAGCUGCAGCAUCUCCCCCAAGCUCCGCUCCAUUGCUGUGUACUACGACAAUCCCCACACGAUUCCCCCUGGGAAGUGCCGCUGCGCGGUGGGCAGCAUCCUGAGCGAAGGGGAAGAGCCACCCUCUCCUGAGCUCAUCCAGCUCUACCAGAAAUACGGCUUCAAGAUAUUCUCCUUCCCCGCACCCAGCCACGUUGUGACAGCCACCUUCCCUUAUACCACCACGCUGUCUAUCUGGCUGGCUGCCCGCCAAGUUCAUCCUGCCUUAGACACCUACAUCAAGGAGCGGAAGCUGUGUGCCCAUCCUCGGCUGGAGAUUUACCAGCAAGACCAGAUCCAUUUCGUGUGCCCAUUGGCACGGCAGGGAGAUUUCUAUGUGCCUGAAGUGAAGGAGACAGAGCGGAAAUGCAGAGGACUUGGGGAGAGCUGUGAUCCCCAGACGGACGGCACAGAAGCCGACGUAAUGAGUGAUUCAAGUUCUCUAAGCCUGGAGGCCAGCCCUGGCAGCCGGGAGACCUCCGCCACAACCCUGUCUCCCGGGGUGAGCAGCAGCCGAGGCUGGGAAGACGGCGAUAACCGGAGUGAACACAGUUACAGCGAAUCAGGGGCCAGUGGCUCAUCCUUUGAAGAGCUGGACCUGGAGGGUGAGGGGCCCUUCCUCGGGGAACCGCGGCCGAGCCCCGAGGCCAAGCCUCUGGGGGCCACUCGCCAGCCCAGCACCUCUGAGAAGGACUCAUAUCGGAGCUUCCACAACCCAGAAUAAAGCAAAUGAU